UCACACGUAACAACUCUACAAACUGCUAAAACCUCUCCGCCGUCAAAACAGCCGCAGAAAAAUUCGAAAAACCCUUCUUCCCCAAUGUCGACAGAAACUGUAAACCCUGAAUUGAAAGGCGAGGCUUCAUCUGAGAAGCUCCAUUCACCGGUAAUCAUGAAAACGGAAUUGAACGGAGAUGACUCAUCGGAGCAGCUUCAGUUGCCGGAAACUCUGAAAACUGAAUUGAAUGGUGAGGAUUCAUCGGAGAAGCUCCAUUCGCCGGUAAUUGUGAAAUCUGAAUUGAAUGAAGAUGACUCAUCGGAGCAGCUUCAGUUACCGGGAACUCUGAAAACUGAAUUGAACGGCCAGGAUUCAUUAGAGCAGCUCAGUUUGCCGGAUACCCCUGCGGAACCGACGGAGAAGCGAAAGCGAGAAGAAUCAGAAACAGUAACAGAAACAGAGCAAAAACAACAAAAUCCAUUAUGGAAGACGACGCUUUGCUCUUACUUUCGAAGAAAUGAUGAUUCAUGUAGCCACGGGGAAUCCUGCCGUUACGCUCAUGGUGAAUCAGAGCUUCGGGUCCGACCCGAUAAUACAUGGGACCCGACUUCUGACCGGGCGAAGAAGAUGGCUAAGACGGCCGCUGACGACGACAGGGAGAAGGCAGAGGAUAAAGAAGAAAAGUGCAAUGACGUUAUGAUGACUGAGGCGUUAGACGAUGAGGAAUGUUCUUCUUCGGGUUCUGGGUUGUCAAAAUGCUUGGUGAAUCUUCCCAUGAAGUGGAGUUCAGAUAAUUUAAGGUGUUUCCUUAAAGAACAUGGUGUUACUUUUAAAUCAGCAAAAAAGAAGAAAGGCAUGGCUGUAGGAUUUGCUACUUUUGAAAAUGCAGAGCAAGUGAAGACUGCUGUGAAGGAGUUGGAUGGAAAGCCUGCUGGCAACAAGAUUUUAAAGGUUGGAGAUAUUAUUCCGCGGGCAUUUGAGAGAAAGGGUAAUUCGGUAAUGUCCUCAUUUCCGACCAAUCAACAAGGUGAAAUGCAAACCCAAGCUGGAGACGGUUUGAAUUUGACUAAAAUAUCAGAGGAAACUGAGGCUGAGGACCCAGUGACCAGCGAUUCAGUUCUGAAGGGUAGGUGUGUACGAGAUGUGGUGACUCCUCUUGCUAAAAUGCCAUAUGCUGAUCAACUGGAGCAGAAGAAGAGCUCUUUGACGCGAACUCUCAAAACACUUACUCGAAAUGCACGUAAAGCUUGCCCAAAUGGUGUUCCAUUUCCAGAAUGGAUUCUCAAUGCUAGGGAAAUAGGUGGUCUUCCAUGCAAACUAGAGGGCAUAAUUGAAUCACCACUUAUCGAUGGAUAUCGAAACAAGUGUGAGUUUUCUGCGGGAUACUCUGUACUAGGAAAGCCAACUGUGGGAUUUCAGCUUGGAAAUUUCAGGGAUGGUGUGACAGCUGUUGAGGAACCUGUAGACUGCCCAAAUGUUUCUAAGGUUGCCUGUACAUAUGCUGCUAUCUUUCAAGAAUUCUUACAACAGUCAACCCUACCUAUUUGGAACAGAUUGAAUAAUACCGGAUUCUGGCGUCAACUUACUGUUCGAGAAGGUUGCAUGCCGCCUGGUAAAAAUGUAGAGGUUGAAAAUCCCAGUGCAAACAUUUCAGAGGUUAUGCUGAUGGUUCAGGUUUCCACUCUGGCUUUUGACGAUGCAUUAGUUAAUGAUGAACUUCAAGGUUUGGCCAAAGCGUUUGCUAUGGGAGCUUCUAGUGCAUCACCAACAUUACCUCUUACUGCCCUGGUAGUUCAGGAUCACACUGGUAUAUCAAAUGUAGCACCAGCAGAUGCUCCUCUGCGUGUGCUUCCAUUUCCCAGAGGGGAAAACUAUUCUGAACUGCAUGCAGAUAAUGCAGUUGCUGAAGCAAAAAUUCACGAUUUUAUUAAUGGACUUAAGUUUUGUAUUUCACCCACGGCCUUUUUUCAGGUGAACACCCUUGCUGCAGAGAAGUUGUACUCCCUUGCAGGGGACUGGGCCAGCUUGGGUCCUGAUACCUUGCUUUUUGACGUUUGCUGUGGAACUGGAACAAUUGGUCUUACUCUGGCAAAUCGAGUUGGUAUGGUUGUUGGCAUUGAAAUGAAUGCUUCUGCUGUUUCUGAUGCUCAAAGAAAUGCUGAAAUCAAUGGGAUAAAGAACUGUAGAUUUAUUUGUGGAAAGGCAGAGGAUGUCAUGGGAUCUGUACUGAAAGAAUAUCUUGCUUCACCUCCAAAAGUAGACGGACUUCUAGAUAUAAAAGAAAAGAAAAACCAAGAAAAUACUACUUCCACAGAGAAGACUGAUUCUAUAGUUAACACAUCGGAAACAGAUGGGGAAUCGGGUAUUGGGUCUGAAAAUGGUAAAAGCAUGUGCAUUGAUCAAGAUACAACACCUACUGAGAAUAUGAAUUCUACGGAUGGUACCGCUGAACCUGAGGGGAAAACAGGCCUUGAGUGUACCAAUGGUAAAAGCUUGUCAGAAUCUUCAGCAGAUGGCAUUACAGAAUCAGCAACCCAACUUAAGAAGUGUUCAUCAGAGAAUUUGACCACUCCAGUGCAACAUUUCAAGAAUGUUGUUGCAAUUGUAGAUCCUCCACGUGCUGGACUUCAUCCCACUGUUAUCAAACUUUUAAGGACUAAUUCACGUCUAAGGAGGCUUGUUUACAUUUCCUGUAAUCCUGAAAGCUUGGUUGCAAAUGCUAUUGAGCUCUGCACACCUUCUCCAGAUGAAUCGGAGAAGGGGGAUAAUAAAAACAACAGAUUAUGGAGGAAGAUGAGCAGCGCUACUCUUGCACGACAUAGGACCAAAUCUAUGCCCAAUUCAGAACCUUUUAAACCUGUCAAAGCCAUGGCUGUUGAUCUUUUUCCACAUACUCCUCAUUGUGAACUGGUGAUGCUUCUGGAGAGGUAAAUUUAUCUAUUUCCUAAAUGAUAAUCUUGAGUAGCCAUAUUUAUGAGAGAAAAUAGAAAUGCUCCUUUAGAUUUGUUCUCUCAAUGUGAAAAACAUGGGACGGGCUUUCGACCUAGAUAUCUGUUAUUGAUGUUGCUGAUGGCAGUUUUGAGGCAAUCUUCUAUUCGUGGAAGAUUUCCAUGAUAUUGUUUUGUAAUUGUCUCCUUAUUUAACUACCAACUUCCAGUUCUCUGAUUCCCUGUUCGAAAAGAAUACCUCUAAUGUAAUGACAGAUUAUGUUUAUGACCUCUCAUAUAAUUUAAGAUGCUGUCACAAUUUCAAGUGAAAAGAAUUCUGUUA